AUGGCCUCCAGCGUUGGAAAUGGAAAGAGGGUGAAUCCCGUACUCAGAAUAAGUCAACUUGAUGCUCUUGAACUAAACAAAGCCCUGGAACAACUAGUGUGGUCGCAGUUUACCAGCUGUUUUCAUGGAUUUAAACCAGGGGUGUUGGCUCAUUUUGAACCAGAAGUAAAAGCAUUUUUAUGGCUUAUAUUAUGGAGAUUCACUAUCUAUUCCAAGAAUGCAACUGUGGGACAGGCUAUUCUGAAUAUUCAAUACAAAAAUAACUUAUCUCAGGCAGAGAAAUAUCAACCUCUGAGCAAACACCAGAAGUUAUGGUAUCUUAUUUUCACUGUUGGUGGAAGAUGGUUGGAAGAAAGAUGUUAUGAUUUAUUUAGCAAUCGUCAACUGCAAUCUUUCUGCAAAAUUAAGCGUUAUAUUAGCUUCGGAGCUGGGCUUCUUAAACUUUGUGGACUUCUAAAUUUUCUGAUUUUUCUUCAGAAAGGAACAUUUGCAACGCUUACAGAACGCAUUCUAGGAAUUAGGUCAGUUUUUUGCAAGCCACAAAGUGUUCGUCAGGUAGGAUUUGAAUACAUGAACAGGGAGCUCUUAUGGCAUGGCUUUGCUGAAUUUCUGAUCUACCUGCUACCACUGAUUAAUGUACAGAAACUAAAACUUAAAAUUUCUUCUUGGUGUCUGCCUAUUGGAGGUCUUUCUAAUAGUGAAAAUGCAUCAACAGCUCACUGCAAGGAAUGUUCACUAUGUGGGGAAUGGCCUACCAUGCCUCAUACCAUAGGCUGUUCGCAUGUUUUUUGUUACUACUGUAUUAAAAGUAACUAUUUAUUUGAUAUGUAUUUUACAUGUCCUAAAUGUGGCUCAGAGGUACACAGUCUUCAGCCACUGAAAUAUAAAAUUGAAAUGACAGAAUUGCAUGCUUGAUGUGGGGUUAUUUGUUUUUAUACUGUACAUGAAAUAGUGUGUUGUAGAGAUAAAUGGAAAAAAUCAGAAAUUACUGUAAACAGCUAAAGAUAGUUUUGGAGACUCUAUAAUUUGUUGUAACAUAUGUCUUUACUGGUCUUAGUUUUUUA